UCUAAUUCCAUGAACAGUCUCUCUUCCUGAGAAAAAGGAUUUAUUACUCUCUCUCUCCCUCUGCAUGCUUUUUACUUCACAUCUUUAUGAAUGCUAUUUUGAUCAAACUUAUCCAAUCUGUACCUUUGAGAUUUUUCAACCCCUCUCUAUCUCUCUGUUCACUCCCUCUUUCUUCCCCCUCCUCCAUUUCUGACUGAAAACAGCUUCUUUUGAACUUCAUUACUGUAUCACAGGAUCCCUCUUUGUCUCAACAAAACAAGGUUGAUUUAAUUUUUACACCAUGGAGAGGGCAAGCCAUGUAGGUAGGAUCUUAGGAUGGAAUCAUGCCAGAUAUGGAAUUGAAGACACCUCCAUUCUGAACCUGCUUCAUUAUUCAACAGAUGGCAUAGCAGAAUAUGAACAAGGGCAAGUUGAUUAUGUUAUGGCAAAGUCACUCAAAGAAAUGGAACAACAAAAGUUGAUUAUUGAGAGAGUGAACAAGAAAACCAUACGAGCCCAAGUUGAAGAAGAUGAGCAACUUGCCAAUGCAAUUCAGCUGAGCUUAGUCAUGAUGUCUUCUCUUACAGAUGGCAGUCCACAUGAUUCUUCUAAAUCUGAUGCCUCUGCAUCCAAGAUCUGUGCUGGAUGCAACACUGAGAUAAGGAUAGGCCAACGUGUUUUACAUUGCAAUGGUAUUGUUUGGCAUCCAGAAUGUCUCAUUUGCCAUGCCUGCAAACAGCUUAUCAGAGAUGAUGAGUUCAUCCUGUCUGAAAAUCGCCAGUACCACAGAACUUGCCAUAGGAAAAUGAGAUAUCCCAAAUGCUAUGUUUGCAACAACUUUAUCCCAUAUACUCAUGAUGGGAUUGAAUAUAGAGAGCACCCUUUUUGGGAACAAAAGUACUGUCCUUCCCAUGAAAAUGAUGGAACUUCCAAAUGUUAUAGCUGUGAAAAAUUACAGCCAAAGGGGUGCAAGUACAAUUCACUCAAAGAUGGGAGAAGAUUUUGUCCAGAGUGUUUUAGCUUCAGGAUCAUGGACAUCAAUAAGUGCCAACCACUUUUCGAUGAGAUACAAGAAUUCUUUGCAAGGUUACACAUGAAAUUUGACCAGAAAAUUCCGUUGGUGUUAGUCGAAAGGGAAGCAUUGAACGAAGCCUUGGAAGGGGAGAAGAAUGGGCACCACCAUCUGUCUGAAACUCGAGGGCUCUGCUUGUCAGAAGAGCAGAUCAUUCGUGUUAUUCGUAGGAGGAAACCUAUUGACAGGGGCCAUUCAACACUUGACAUGCCCACACAGCCACUCAAGCUAGCUCGUAGUUGUGAAGUUACUGCUAUAUUCAUUCUAUAUGGCCUUCCCAGGUUGUUGACAGGAUCCAUUAUAGCACAUGAGAUGAUGCAUGCAUGGCUUAGACUUCAAGGUUAUCCCAAUUUAGAACCAGAAAUUGAAGAAGGCAUUUGCCAAGUGAUAGCUCACAAGUGGCUGAAAUCCAAGAUGGAAUUGGGAUCUCGAGCUGCCAUGGCUGCUAACAAACAUGAGCUGCUGAGUGAAACAGAGAUGAAACUUGGAGAAUGUUUCAUAUGCCUAAUCGAACAGGAUUCUUCACCAGCCUAUGGAGAUGGGUUCAGGAAGGCACGCGAGGCAGUUUUCCGCUUUGGUUUAAAGGCAACUCUCGAUCACAUCAAACUCACUCGAACCUUACCAGUUUGAACUUCGAUGUCAUAGGAAAAACAACAUUAUGGAUUAGGAUUGUAUUGUACAACGUUGGUGAAAAAGUGAAACAUGUAAUAGAAAGAAUAAUAGUUGCUCAUUAAUCGUUCUAUUUGUCGAGUUUUUGAUCAUAAGCCCAUGGAGAUGAAGAUGAGAAAAUGAAUUAUGCUUUUUGUAUCUAUUUAUUAGAAACUUGAUUUGUGACAUGAUUUUGAUCUAUAAAAUAAAUUCGAUAUGUGGCACCUA